UCUUCGUCUCCUAUCUGAUUUUUCACAUUACGUAGUUUCAAUUUUCAAGAAGAGGAAUCAGUUCUGCAUCUUCUUUUGCGUUUUUAAUUCUCCAGAAUCUAUCUUUUCUUUAAUUCAAGCGUGCCAAUGUUCAGGAUUCUUGAAGCUUUUGAUAAAUCUUGUUUUCUUCAGUGGAGUCGUUUAUUGAUGUUAAAUUCUAGCUUCAAAAGCUAUUCUAAACGCGGUGGAUAUGAUUUUGUGAAUUUCUCUAUCUCAAAAUCAAGAAAUCAAAGAAGGAAGAGGAUAGAAAUGAAGGCACAAUCAGUCAUGGCAGGAAGCACAAGUUCGCUAUGUUUUGUUGGCUCUCUCAAGAGUAUAAGGCCGCGUUUCAUUGUUUUCUCUCAACAAAGAGAACCAACAGGUCGAGCUUUAGCCCGCAAGAUUAUAUGGGAGUGGAAGAGAGAUCAAAGCGUCUAUGGCAAUGACAAGGAAAUUUUUGUAGAUUGUGCAUCAUUAAUACACACUUUACAUUGGAAAAGAAUGCCUCAUCUAGCUCAUGAACUCUUGCUAGAGAUGAAAUCCCAGGGCUUUCUACCCAGCAACUCUACCCUUUCAGCUAUGAUGCUUUGCUAUGCCAAUAAUGGCCUUUUCCCUCAAGCUCAAGUGCUAUGGGAGGAAUUGUUGAAUUCUUCUUUUAUGCCUAGUAUUCAAACAGUUUCUCAAAUAUUUGACGCUUAUGGAAAGUGGGGACUUUUUAAUGAAGUAAUGAAAAUUCUGGACCAAUUAAGUUACAGUAAUUUCAGCUCGUUACAUGAGGCUUACUCACUGGCUAUAUCUUGCUUUGGAAAGGGAGGGCAGCUUCAGUUGAUGGAAAAAACGUUGAAGGAGAUGAUCUUGAGGGGUUUCCCAGUAGACUCUGCCACCGGGAAUGCCUUUAUCAGAUAUUCAAGUAUCCAUGGUUCUUUGACUGAGAUGGAAGCUGCUUAUAUUCGCUUGAAAAGGUCUAGACAUCUCAUAGACAGAGAAGGAAUCAGAGCAAUGUCAUUUAAAUAUAUAAAGGAAAAGAAAUUUUACAAGCUAGGUGAGUUCCUGAGGAAUGUGGGUCUUGGUAGGAAAGAUGUGGGAAACCUUAUAUGGAACUUUCUGCUUUUAUCUUAUGCUGCCAAUUUCAAAAUGAAAAGUUUGCAAAGGGAAUUUUUGAGCAUGUUGGAAGCUGGUUUCAGUCCAGAUCUCACUACAUUUAAUAUUCGAGCUUUGGCUUUUUCAAGAAUGGCUUUGUUGUGGGAUCUCCAUCUUAGCAUUGAACACAUGAAGCAUGAAAACGUUUCUCCUGAUCUUGUGACUUAUGGUUGUGUUGUAGAUGCAUACAUGGAUAGAAGACUAGGUAAAAACUUGGACUUUGCCCUCAGCAAAAUGAAUUUGGAUGGUUCUCCGGUACUAUCAACCGAUCCAUCUGUGUUUGAGGUUUUGGGUAAAGGGGAUUUUCAUUCAAGCGCAGAAGCAUUUUUAGAGUCUUCUCUGCACAGGAAAUGGACUUACAGGGAACUUGUUUCGCUAUAUCUCAGGAAACAGUACCGAAGUAACCAGAUCUUUUGGAACUACUAAGCAGUGACGAUACGAGGACUUCUCGAAGAUCACAUGGAUGAGCACCAUAUGGGAGUUCAUUGGAGCGAUGGUGACUGGUGAUGGAUCUCAUGCGUGAUCUCAUUUGAAGAUUUAAUAGGGUUAAGGUGCUUUUGUAUAAGAAUUGGGUCAUCCUCUCCUUUUUCACUACACUUGUGAGAGAGAGAGAGAGAGAGAGAGAGAGAGAGAGAGAGAGUUUCAUUUUUGUUGCCUUCCUUCAAUAAAUUCCUAGAUGCAUACUUGAAAGGAGGCAUUGUUCUUAGCAAAAUGUCCUUUCGGGAAAUAGUUGAUUCCCAGAAAUUUACGUAAUUUGACAAAUGUUCUGCUACAAAGUUUUUCUUAUGUUCAUCAUAUAUAAAAAUAACUGCAUCUCGUUUAUAGUGA